GGGGUGGAGAAAUGGAGGAGAGGAGGGAGGCUACAGAGGGGAAGGAGGGACGAGUGAAGAUGAGUGGAAUAGAUGAGAAGGAAUGGAGUAUAUGAAAGAAAACGGAAGUCGGCGAUGGUUUUAUAAAAAAUAGAUAUACUACUUCUCUUGCAUUGGAGGAUAAGGAUGAGUGGAUCAAUAACAGAGACAGUAUGGACAAAACACGUUUUCGAUAAGGCUACGUUUUCAUCCGACUAGCCUACGCAGCAUCUACCGUUCAUCUACCAGAGAUUCCUCGAGACGCAGAUGUUCGCCUCUCUCGUCGACAGUAAAGUGAUGUCGACAUGGAACGAGCCCGAUUUCAACACAAAGGUCUCUCUUUUAAAGAAGAAAAUCGGGGAGAGCAUCAUACUAUCGAUGAGGUACGAGCCUUGCACGAGCAUCGCGGAUACGCAACAAGUACUGCAGCAAAGGUUAACGAACGUGGAUUUCGAGACGAAUCCGCCCGCGGAAAUUCUUCCGCAUCGAGCGGCAUAUUUUCGGAGCUUUCCUCUGCUGGAUAGCGUCGUGUUGAAUAAAGAACCCGCUCAGAGCAGUCGGAGGGGCCAGAGGCAGUGGAAAUACAAGAGGUGUUAUUGUCAUCUCCUCGAUCAAAUCAACAUGUUCAGUCAGACGCUGGGAAAGGACGGUAAAUUUCAAUUAUUCAUCUGCCUGGCGGUGAGAGAGCAGCUAUGUACUUCAUCCGAUGUUGCAGCCAAUGAGCGACGCGCGUUCCACGACAGACAUGUACGAAGAAAACUCGUUUCUGAGGAAUCCUACGCUAUUGACCUUCCUCAUUCACAUUCUUCAGCCGUUGAGCGGAUUUCACAUUGUUUUCGAAAAGAGCUUGACUCACGGAAUCUCUAGUAUCUAUUAGUACUUGCCGAAACGUACGGGCGUAUGUUGAAAAUUUAACGCGAAUAUCUCUUUGUGUUCUCUUGAUGAAAUAUGCUCUGGAAAAAGAGGAGAAGAGAUAAAUUUAUAGAAUUUAUUCCACGUGAAUCGUGUUUUUGAUCGCUGACAGGUCACAGAAUGAUCAAGUUCCUUCCCAGUCGGAAAUAUACACACACAGAUCUGCUUCUCUCGGCCGCGCCGCGGUAGUAUCUCGUCGCGUUUGAAAUGGCGACAAGCGACGAGUUCGAUUGUUAUAUUACGUAGGACGAUAUAGAGAAUAGGCUCGACAAGUUUUAUCAUUGAGAUGAAAAAGAGAGAUUAAAGAAGGAUUUAACCCUUUGACUACGAAAGGCGUAUAUAUACGCUUU